CAUGAACAGCUGAUCGCAGCAGUUAAACACACAGCUGAUUGUGCAGAGCACAGCAUCUAAAAUAUCCAAAGAGUUGCAUCAAAGCAGGAUCAGUAUUAGUAUUAGUAAACACGCAGAACGGGCAGCACGUAAAACACUCAUCACAAGAAAUAAUUAGUCUAAAUAGGCAUGCAGUUCUCCUGGAUGAAGCUGGCUAUUUAUUUGCUAACAUUUCUAACAUACGCAUAUUCUGGCUACGGGUCCAGCACAAUUGUCCAUCUACGCGAUGCCAUCAUCGCUGCCGAGGCAAUUUUCGGUGACGUUUUCAAGAAUUUCAUCACAAUUGUGCGUAAAUUUCGCACAGUUCACGAAGUCUUCGAUGCAGCCGUCGAAGAGAACUGUGUGUUUCAGUGCCCGACGCCGCCAGAAAGCGGAGGAGGCACGGCACCGCGCGCCGUACAGAAUAAAUUCUAUGUGCCGACAGCUGAUGGCUGCGGUUCCCUGGGACUGCGAAUCAGUACAGAUUAUCUCCCCGCCGCCGAGAUGGAAACUUGCUGCAAUGCGCACGACAUUUGCUACGACACCUGCAACAGUGAUAAGGAACUCUGCGAUCUGGAUUUCAAGCGGUGUUUAUAUCGAUACUGCGACAGCUAUGAGAAAUCAAUUGCCAGCGAUUUGAUGACCAAGGGCUGCAAGGCUGCAGCAAAGAUGCUCUUCACGGGCACAUUGACACUGGGCUGUAAAUCUUAUUUGGAUUCGCAACAGCGUUCGUGCUAUUGUGCGCCCAGCAAAUCAACCAAUUUCAAUGGCAAUAAGUAUGCAAAUAGCAAGGAAAAACAACAGCGUCAGAAGUAUGGCUGGAAGGAUCGUAACGAAAUUUAACACUUGCUGGGAAUAAUUAAAAAAAUUUAUAUUUUUAUGUUA